CGGAAAGGAGGGAAGAGCAGCGGGUGAGGCAAGGGGAGAGUGGAGCUUCGGGCCAGGCGGGCCACCCCGGGCCACACCCCCACCUUGCAGGCGCCUGGCGGGGCUCGAGCCAGGCGGGGCGCCGCACAAAGACAUGCGGAGAGGGGCUGCGCGGGGCCGUGGCACAAAGACACCAGGGUGCUCGGCCGAACUGGCUGCAGUGAUCGCCCCCUCGCCGAGCCCCGGGGCAGAGCCGAGCUGCCGGCCCAGCGCACAGAGUCACGGGCCGAGCGCACCCAGGGCCCGCGCGGGACCCCAGGCGGCCACACAGUCGGGGUGACCCAACGGCGAGGGGGCGUCGUCGUCCGAGCCCAACUUGGCCUCGGCCUCGCCCUCUGCCCAGCCUGCCGCCGCUGGUGUCCCCUCCUUCCCGCGAUUUCGUUUCUUCUCACGCUCCCCCCCCAUACCCCUCCCGCCUCCAGCCCCGCUCUCCCCACCUUGUAAAACAAAGCCGGGGAAAAUGCCUGCCCGUGCAGCUCGGAGCGCGCAGCCCGUCUUGGAAUAAGGAGUGAGUACAAUGGCGUGUUGGUAAAAAAAAAAAAAAAAGAGCAAAGAAAGAAAGAAAAGAGAAAAGAAAAGAGAGAGAGAGAGAGAAAGAAAAGAGAAAAGCAUCAAGUCUGUGUUAAAACAAACAAACAUUUUGAAUGCUGCAUGCCUCAUGCUUGCCAGCGCCUCGCGGGAGAGACCCGGCUAUACCGCAGGAGUGGCGGCCCCUGACUUGCUGGAUCCCAAGUCUGCUGCUCAGAACUCCAAACCGAGGCUCUCGUUCUCUGCAAAACCCACCGUGCUUGCUUCCCGGGUGGAGAGUGACUCGGCCAUUAAUGUUAUGAAAUGGAAGACGGUCUCCACGAUUUUCCUGGUGGUCGUCCUCUACCUGAUCAUCGGAGCCACGGUGUUCAAGGCGUUGGAGCAGCCUCAGGAGAUUUCUCAGAGGACCACCAUUGUGAUCCAGAAACAGAACUUCAUAGCCCAGCAUGCCUGCGUCAACUCCACCGAGCUGGAUGAACUCAUCCAGCAAAUAGUGACGGCCAUAAAUGCAGGGAUUAUCCCCUUAGGAAACAACUCCAAUCAAGUUAGUCACUGGGACCUCGGAAGCUCUUUCUUCUUUGCCGGCACUGUUAUCACAACCAUAGGAUUUGGAAACAUCUCCCCACGAACUGAAGGUGGAAAAAUAUUCUGUAUCAUCUAUGCCUUGCUGGGAAUUCCCCUCUUUGGCUUUCUACUGGCUGGGGUUGGGGAUCAGCUUGGAACCAUAUUUGGAAAAGGAAUUGCCAAAGUGGAGGACACAUUUAUUAAGUGGAAUGUUAGUCAGACCAAGAUUCGUAUCAUCUCGACCAUCAUCUUCAUCCUGUUUGGCUGUGUCCUCUUCGUGGCUCUCCCCGCCGUCAUAUUCAAGCACAUAGAAGGCUGGAGUGCCCUGGACGCCAUCUACUUUGUGGUCAUCACUCUGACCACCAUUGGAUUUGGCGACUACGUGGCAGGGGGGUCGGACAUUGAAUAUCUGGACUUCUACAAGCCCGUUGUGUGGUUCUGGAUCCUCGUUGGGCUGGCCUACUUUGCGGCUGUUCUGAGCAUGAUUGGAGACUGGCUACGGGUGAUAUCUAAGAAGACGAAGGAAGAGGUGGGAGAGUUCAGAGCGCAUGCCGCUGAGUGGACAGCCAAUGUCACAGCCGAGUUCAAGGAAACAAGGAGGCGGCUGAGUGUGGAGAUCUAUGACAAGUUCCAGCGUGCCACGUCCGUGAAGCGGAAGCUCUCUGCAGAGCUGGCGGGUAACCACAACCAGGAACUGACUCCGUGUAGGAGGACCCUGUCGGUGAACCACCUGACCAGCGAGAGGGAAGUCCUGCCUCCCUUGCUGAAGGCUGAGAGCAUCUAUCUGAACGGUCUGACACCACACUGUGCUGGUGAAGACAUCGCUGUCAUUGAGAACAUGAAGUAGCUCUCUCUUGGAAGUCUGAGGCGGAGCCCUAGGGAAGGGCUUCUCUAGGCUCCUGGUGACUGUUGCUGGUAGCAUCUAAACGUUGUGCAUGAUGAGCUCAAAGGGAAAGCAGAUAGAUUCACCCAUCUGGUCACCUUACAUCCAGGGAGUGUGGAGUCCUGAGGCGGCACUCAUGAGGAGGCUCCUGAGCUGUCCCACUGAGUGGCGAGUGACGGACGGGCAGUGUCUGAUACCUUUUUUGUGCCCAGACUGUUUCCCUUCCCCUCUCUCCUAAUGUGCCAUAAGGCCUCUGAAUGAAUCGGAAUGCUUUGCUAGUCGUGGAGUUUGGAGGGAUCAGCCCUUGGUCCUUCAGGGUUCACCUAACUGAGCCUGGAUACCUGACCACUUAGGAAUGACAACAUUUCUUUUUGUAAAUGGCAAGAGAUUCUUACGCAGCCUUUUACCUAAGAAAUUUUCUGCCAGUGCCUUAUCUUAUGAAGAAACAAGACCCUGUCUGGUGGGCUUGUGGUUCCCCCUCCCCACCCUCACCCUGGGCUCACCUCUGCUGACUCUCACCCCCCCCCCUUG